UGAACUCAAACCAACCGCAUUCAUAGACCCAUCUUCGUGGAUAAAAAAAGAUUACUUUGAAAGCUUCCUUGACAUACCCAAAUAAAAGAAAAGAAAAAGGAGACAGCCUCAGUUUAACUUCCCUGCCUAGAUAUUAGCAGAUUAACAAUGGCGACUGGUGGUGGAGAAUUAGUAAGCAACAAGCAGGUUAUUUUCAGAGACUACGUGACUAGUUUCCCUAAAGAAUCAGACAUGCAAGUGAUAAAUGGUAGUAUAAAGCUGAAGGUGCGUGAGGAUGGCUCCAAUGGGAUUCUUGUAAAGAAUCUCUAUCUCUCCUGUGAUCCGUACAUGCGAAUCAAGAUGAUGGAGAAUCAGAAUAUUAGCAUAUUCCCUUCCUACACACCUGGCUCUCCGCUAACUGGGUUUGGAGUGGGCAAAGUACUGGAAUCAAGGCACCCAGAGUUUAAAGAAGGUGAUUUAGUAUGGGGAAUGACCGGAUGGGAAGAGUAUAGUCUAAUUGUUAUCACACCUGAAAUACCCCUCUUCAGAAUUCAGCACACUGAUGUUCCCCUUUCAUACUAUACUGGAAUUCUUGGUAUGCCUGGAUUGACAGCUUAUGUAGGCUUUUAUGAGGUUUGUUGUCCAAAGAAAGGAGAGUAUGUUUUCAUUUCAGCAGCAGCAGGUGCAGUUGGUCAGCUUGUCGGACAAUUUGCAAAGUUGAUGGGUUGUUAUGUUGUUGGAAGUGCUGGAACUCAACAAAAGGUUGAUUUAUUGAAGAACAAUUUUGGAUUUGAUGAGGCUUUCAAUUACAAAGAGGAGCAUGACUUGAAUGCUGCUUUGAAAAGAUACUUCCCUGAAGGCAUUGACAUCUAUUUCGAAAAUGUUGGGGGCAAAAUGUUAGAUGCAGUGCUUCUGAACAUGAGAGUCCAUGGCCGUGUGGCUGCGUGCGGAAUGAUCUCACAGUACAAUCGCGAGGAACUUGAAGGGGUUCAUAAUUUGAUGUCUAUUGUUUAUAAGCGUGUUCGUAUAGAAGGGUUUGUAGUUAUUGAGUACUUUAAGGAAUAUGCCAAGUUCUUGGACUUUAUAUUGCCUUCUAUUAGAGAAGGAAAGAUAACAUAUGUGGAGGAUAUUGUUGAAGGCCUGGAGAAAGGCCCUGCAGCUCUUGCAGGGCUUUUUCACGGUCAAAAUGUUGGAAAACAGGUGGUUGUAGUUCAUCGUGAGUGAUGAAUCCUUGUGUAAUUUUCUUAUUCUACUUCAUUAGA